CUAUUUAAUAAUCGAAGUGAGAUCGAGACUGUACAGGCGGGGCGAGGCGGGCGUUUAGUUGUUGCUGGAACUGUGUCUAACUGUGACGUACCGUUCCCAUCUUCUUUCGUUACUCUAUAACCACAGAUUAUAAAACUAACUACGAAGUGAUGCCGACGGCCAAGGUAUACUACUUCCAGCUGAAGGCUGUUGGUGAGAGCAUUCGCCUGUUACUGGCGUACGGCGAUCAGGAUUUCGAGGAUUGCCGGGUGGCGAAGGAAGAUUGGCCCGCAUUAAAAUCAUCGAUGCCUUUCGGCCAAAUGCCCGUACUUGAGAUUGACGGUAAGAAGUAUGCACAGAGCACCGCCAUCGCACGCUACCUCGGUCGCAAGUAUGGUCUCGUUGGCAAGGACAUUGAAGAGGACUUCGAGAUCGACCAAAUUGUUGAUUUUUUUAACGACAUUCGCACCAAGGCUUCAGCGAUUUUGCAUGAGACUGAUGAAAAUGUUAAGGCUAGAAUGCAAGAAGACAAUGAAAAGAAUCAUUAUCCAUUUAUGCUGAAAAAGCUGGACGAAAUUAUCACUAAAAACAAUGGACAUAUGGCUCUUGGAAAGCUCACUUGGGCAGAUUUUGUUUUCGCUGGCAUGUAUGACUGUUUUAAGUUUAUACUUAAAAUAUCUGACAUAGACGUGAAAUAUCCGAGUUUCAAGAAGCUGCAAGAUAAAGUUCUGGCUAUACCCAAAGUGAAGGCGUUUUGUGAUAAAGCUCCCAAGGCUGAUUUUUAACAGAAUAUAAUUUCAAAACGUAUUUUUUAAAUAUAUAUAAAUCUGGUUUCUGAAUGUGCAAGUUACAUAUAUAAACUAUACAAUAUAAACACCUCAUUAAAAUUGGUUUUUUUAUUA